AAAUAAAAUAUAAAAACAAAUUAGGAAAAAACUUAAGGAAAAAUUAUUAGCAGAAUUAACAUUUGAUGUAAAUACUCAUUAAUCGAAAUGAAAGGCCUGUAUGCUAAAUUAUAUACGUAAUGUUAGGCUUAUGAUUUAUGUGAGAAAAUAAAAAACCGUGUAUAUGUAUAGUGAUUUUCAAGUGUCUAAAAGAAAUCGGUUUCAAAUUUCUGAAAUAUUAGGUUAUGAAGCUUAAAAAUAUAUCCAAUUAUAAUGUGCGUAAUGGAAAAACAAUAGAUCAAACUACUUAAUAAUAUUGUAAGACACAGCCCGUAUAAAAUAUUAUAUUUACUCAAAUUUAAUUAAAUGUGCUCUCAUCUUCUUUGUGUUAACAAAAGUGUAUUAAAGCAAAUGACCUUUUUAUCCAAACAUGUAUUGAAAAUAUACCACUAAAAUGAAAAAAUAUAUUUUAUAAAUCGUAAUAGCUCAUACAUAUAAACAACCGUGAUAUAUUCUUUAAUGUUGAUCUUAUACUAAAUAAAUCCGGGAUAUAUACACUGAGCCUUUGAUGUUGAAAAAUAAUAAAAGUUGCGGUAUUCGUGUAUUAUACUAAGUUAAGUAUUACACACAACGCACGUUAAAAAGUAUAAUAAAUCCAAGAAAUCGAGAACCUUAAUUAUUUAGUCUUAGUCUGGUUUAUUCCAUCAAAACCUUUCGUAUAGUAAUUAUUUUAUAACGAAUCGUAUGAAAAACACGUGCGUUGAAGAAAAGGAUAGUGUGUAAUCCUGGGCAGAAACGGGAGACGGGGACAUCUACACGCAGCUAACAGAUGAUCCCCACAUGUCAAUUGUUGCAGCCGAAAAUGCAGGGCUUGGCCCAUGUGAUUUACCAGAUUCGUGGGCACCAAACACAAAUAAUAGCAACAACAAUAUUACUAGUAUCAUUGCAAAUAGUAGAGACAUCUCAUCGUUAUCAGCAGUCACAAAAAGUUCAUCAAACACGGCUAUCCCUCUUAAUAUUGACAACAAUAUUAGCUCGAAUAUUGUGUUCUUCAAGAACCAAAGUAGUCCAACUACAACUGCCAUUCAACCGACCACUUCUUUCGGCUUUUCACCAACAUCAACGGCAAAAGCAACAGCAACAACAUCAACCACUUCCAGUCUUAUAUACAAGGUGCCUCUCUCAUCGCCAGCCGCCGCUACAGCCGCUGUUACUGUUUCACCAGCCAGCAUUGGUAGUGUAGUAACGUCUUUAGGUGUGGGUUUGGUACCCUCAAUACCGACGUGUGCGUCCCUUACUGGAACGAGUACCGGUGGAACUGGAGCUUUUGCUGGUGUACUGUUAUCAAGCCCAAUAUCAGCUGGUGGCAGUAGCAAUAAUAUUCCGGCUCAAAAAACAAUUACAAAUUAUCAAGUAAACAACGUCAAUAAGAACGCAAAUAACACCGGCAAUACCAGCGUUAGAAGUCUAACACUUCCAUUGCAGCAACAACAACUACAAUUGCAACAACAAAACGGCUUAUUGCUACAUAACAAACAGAACAACCAAAACAACAAUAACAACUCUUUAGUUAAUAAUAACCACCAUAAAAAUAGCAACAAUUUUAAUUUAAUACUGCGRCAGAAGGCUACAGCAACUGUAAGUUUAGCCGCCGCACUGCAAAAUUCAAUCACCAUGAAUGCGGUGGCUUCGCCAAUCUCAAACAACCCAGCGACGCCGACUCGAAAAAUUAGAAGAAAAACUGAUCCGAAAGCCAAUUUGCCACAAUCACAGAUUAAUAAAUGUAAUAACGAGAAAAGGCGUCGCGAACUGGAAAAUAAUUAUAUCGAGCAAUUGUCCGAGUUUUUACAACUCAACAAACGCGGUGAUACAGCCUCAACGAAACCAGACAAGGCAGCAAUAUUGAACCAAGUAGUAAAAACGUAUCGUGAGUUUUGUGACAAGGGCCAAAGCCGUGAUAUUUCUUCCUCAACGUCGACUAAUGCUUCUCAAGCUCUCAAUUCGGCGACACCUAAUAACAACAAUAGCAGCUCAACUUCUAAAAACAACGAUAAUCGAAAUAAUACAGCAUCUACACGUUGUUUACGUUGUGCAACUGACAAUUGCUCUAUCCAUCCAGUACAACAAGGUGACGUUUCAUCGACCGAACCCCCAUUGCCGGAGCCAUCGCUGCUUAACGGUCAGGUGCCCGAAAUAUCUGCAUAUUUUGAGGCGUUGGAACAUUACCUCUCUUCAGUCGAUUGGGUGCUUUUACAAGUCACUGCAGACGGGAUAAUCGAGUCGUGUACGCAGAAUAUACGAGAACUAAUCGGCUAUGACAAACAUGAACUGUUUCGUAAACCACUAUAUCAGUACCUACACUCCGCCGAUCAUGCGAAAUUAGAUCCAAUUAUAAAUAAUAUGCCGUAUGGGGUUAGCGGAAUUGCAACUGGUGACAUUGCAUGUGGUGGCGGUAGCCAAAGUGGCUGGAAUGAUUUGGAAGAUGCGAAUAGUGGUACAAAUUCGCAACAUUCAACAGCUUCGUUAGGUCCAGGAAGUGUUAAAGCUAAAAGAAAUAUAGCAGCUAAAGUCCGAAUGCUAGUGAAAGAUUUGCGUUCGGCUACUCAAACAUCUAUGAUGCACCAAAACGAUGCUUUGGAUCAGAAAACUGUCGGACAACACAUAAACCCCGAAAAAUAUGAGGAAGUUAUGCUGCUAGCAACACCGAUGAAAGACGAUGGUGAUACAACGUCCUCCAUAUUGUGUUUGAUUACCCGUCCCGAAGAUGAACCGGCCAUACAGCAGAUACAACCGCAGGCCAUAGAGCAUUUAACCUUUAAACUCGACGUACACGGCAAGAUACUCAAUUUGGAUGUAACCGCACUUCGUGAACCCUAUCGUCAACAUUUGAGUAGUUGGUUGGGACGCCUUUUGCAGGAUCUUUGUCAUCCGCAAGACUUAAAUGCUCUGAAAUCACACUUACGCGAGGUUCAAGAGUCAGCUGCAUCAGUCCAUUUGAUGAACUCUCCAUCAUCACACUCACCUGGUGGAACGCCUGCAACACUCAUUCAUCCUCCCAUUGCGAAUGUGAUGUCGCGUCCAUUUAGAUUACGUCUUGGCGCACCCGACGUUUAUGUCCAUGUUAAGGCGAAUUCACGACUUUUUUUAAAUCAGUCGCAAACUGAGGGCGAUUAUAUUAUGUCUCUGCAAACAUUACUUAACACGGAUAACGAUAUAGGCGGAGGAGGUAUAAGUGGAUUGAACAUUGGAGGUAUCGGGAACAGUAGUAUGAUGCCAUCUAGCAGUUUGUCAACAAUGUCUCCUAGUCCAUCGUUAGUUUCGCCCCUUUCUCUGCCCUUGGACUCACUUGUUAAUAACAAUUCGUCAUGCUCUUCUUCGUCGGCCUCAGCUUUAGCAAGUGUAAGUAGCGGUGUGCAUAUGUUAGGAGGACUAGUUGGAGGUGGUGGUAUGCCACCACUCACCACGCAAACUACUAAUGUGGGUGGACCACUGAUGACUUCAGCUGUUAUCAAUGGUACAGGGAGUGGUACACAACGUAACAAUCCUGCUGUGUCAACAUCGGCAUCGACUUCGAAUAAUUCCAAUCUGGUGAACUCGUUUACUGCAUCGCCUGCUGGACCCGAAGCAACGAUUUUCUAUAGUUCCGACCCCUUUGAUUUUGACUUGGCACAUUCCAGUUUUGAAAUGGACGCCACUGGUUGGACGGAUUCACGUCCAAACUCUCGCGCUUCUGUUACUACCCCAGUAAGCACUCCGCGUCCACCGUCAGCGGGACAUGGUUUCAGUCCGGCAGUAUGUGCUUCACCAUCGACACCAUAUCAACUGUCGUCACACUCAGCUGCGAGCUUGCCUUCUCCUCAGUCAAAUGCAAGUCAGCCGUCAUCUGCUGGUCCCGGGGUUAGUGGAGGGCCUUUUGGUUUUGGUUUUCCGGCAUUCGAAACAGGUGAUAAAAAUAAUGAUAAAGACCACAUGAACGCUAGCAUAAACAGCACUAACAGCAUAAGUGGCAAUAAUUCUGGACCUCAAAGUGGUUCCAGUGGUUCGUUGAGCGGCCCUGCAAGUUUACCAAAUGGUGGUCCGCCAUUACUUACCACUGUUGCUAACAUGACUCAACUAUCUGCACAGCCGAAUCCACCCCAACCGGAAUCAGAGCGUUUACGACAUUUAUUGACAAAUAAAUCGCAUUCAAUGACCUCAGGAAUGAACCCGGCCGAUGGUGAUAAAGAUCAUCUUAGCCUGCGCCAUAAGUUUUACAAUCAGAGUCUACUCAAUCCCGAUGAAGAUAAGGAUGGUGGAGGUGCCGGCGGUAGCAACAGGGGUUCGUCCGGAAUGUUCAAAAUGGGCGCUACUGGUAUAUCGAAUGCGCGCCUAUUUGGUGGUGGUGCAUUACCAAAAUCUUCGAACUCCAGCAAUCCCAUGUUACUGUCGCUGCUUAACGAAAAAUCGGAGGAUGAUGAGGGAAAAGGGCCUUCGCUUGGUCGACAAAGUGAAUUGAUGCGUCAACUACAAAAGGACGAUGGUCACUAUAGUCAUUCACACGGUCAUAGCCACGGGCAACAUCACUCCAAGGACAUGUCGCAAGAGGAUUUACUAAAAAGUUUAAAGUACCAGGGUGAUCCUACAACUCGCAAGCGUUCACUCAAUGAACCGGAUGAUGGCAUAUUAGCAAAACGUGAAAGUGACCGCCCAUCCAAGUUACGUGAGAGCAAUAAAAUGCUUGCCUCGCUAUUAGAAAAUCCGCCAAAGAAUCCUAUAGUCACUGUACCGCCUCAAGUCAAAACUAUACCUGACAUAGCACCUUCAGCAAGCCGUGUCAACUCGACACUCGGUGUUAUGAGUGUUUCAGCGCCGAAUAGUCUAGUUGGCAUGCCUCCAAAAAGCGGCACAAUGACGACGACCUCAUCAAUUAGUGCAGGAGGCAGUUCUGCCGGAGCCGGUGUACGGAGCAAUAGUAUGCGCAAACAAUUUUCCGAUGCCUACCUCACGCUGCAUCAGCAGCAACAUCAGCAACAACUCCACCUACAACAACAGCAACAACAACAACAAUGUUUAGGUAACAUUCAACGUUCUUCACAUCAGCAGCCAACACAACUAUCUCAACCGCAAAUAAACUUUGCUUCAUCGGACGCCUUCGGAGUAUCUUCACAUAACACCACAGCUACCUCAGGGACAGCCAACGUCACUGCGUCAAUUGUGACGUCACAAGCAAACUCCCAAUUAGCCGCUCCUAGCGGCGCUGAUGGCGAUUCAGAAUUAUCUAAGAUUUUGGAUAGCGUUAUGGACUACGUUUCAGACGAUGGGCCAUUUGUAUCAGCACCUACUCCCACUGCCUUGGCUGGAUUAACGCAGCAAGAGAUUAAUGAACGCAUGGCUAUCAACGCUAUUCAAAAUUCAUUGAUGGUCGAGACAUCUCAACUGCAACAGCAGCAACAUCAUCAACAACAACCGAAACCGCCAGCCUAUCCAGGCAACAUAAUGGGGAGUGGUAGUGGAGGGAGUUUAACUCAGCAACAACAACAGCUACAGCUCCAGCAUCAUCUGCAGAUGUUGCAAAGGCAGCAGGCUGCAAUUGGAGGCAAUCAACAGUCAACUCAGGUACAACAAAUGUUGGAGGUAUUACGUGUCAACGCCAAUCAAAGCUUCCAACGACCCCCACCUAUGUAUUCGGCGUCGCGUAACAGGGGCCCAAUGAAUACUGUUACGACACCUGGAGGCUCUGUUUUGCCAGCGCACCAGCAGUAUCGAAUUCGUCAACAGCAGCAACAACAACAACAACAGAAAGAGCGUCUUCUUCAGCAACAACAAAAGCAACAGCUUUUGGUUCCAGAGAGUGCAACAGCGCGUACAGAUCAGUUAUGCCUAAAUCCGAACAUCAAUAACAUUGGUUCGCUUUUAAAUAACACAGUAGCGCCAAAUGUCGCCUUGUCUCGUACCAACUUGCCGCCCGAUUCGCAACUGAGUCCGAAUUUUGCACAGAAUUUACUUCAACAACAACAGUUAAGUCCAGGGCAACGUAAUGCACAAUUUAGUCCACAAACGAAUGCAGGUUAUGCACCGCAAUAUUCACAAAGCGGACAACGUCUAUCGCCCCAUCAUCAACAGCAUAUUUCACAGCAGCAACAACAAGUGAAUGCUCAGCAACAACAACAGAUGGCGUUUCAGGCUGCCCAAGCAGUAAACGCUAAUGUCACUCCGCAGCUAUCACCACGCCAACCGCCUUUUGGUGGAGGAGCAGGUGGUGUACAAUCACCUUCAGGCAUGCCUUCAUCACAACAAUGGAAUGCAAGUGGUAAUGUUAGUACGCCAAGCGUACAAUUAAGUGGAAAUGUGACAACUCAACGCGGUCAUUCAUUACAACAACAUAAUCCUAUGUUAAGCGCGCAGUUACAAGGUGUUAGUCCUUAUACAACACGUCCGUAUCAAAAUCAGCGGCGAAGUCUCAACUCUCCAAACGGAGGAGGUGUAUCUGGCAAUGCAGUUACAAAUAAUAUCGGAACUAAUGUCGGUCUGCAGCGGCAAAAUUCUUUUCAAGGUGCUGAAUCUGGUGGUUUUAGUGGUGGUACCUCAAAUUCUCCAUCUCCACAGUCACCAUAUGGUGGACCCAGCUCAAACGUAUUCCAGCAACAACAAAUGCAACGAAUGCAACGCCAGAGUAGCGUUCCGCAAACUACCCAACAUUUACCUGCAGGUAAUGCAGCAAACUCUUCUGAUUUUGUAAAACAGGAAUUGCGGAACGUAGUAAGCGUACGUGCUCAACAACAGGCUGCUGCCGCUGGGGGAGCUGGUGCUUCUUCUGGUGGAAACGGAGUGCCAGGUGGCGGCGGAGGAAAUGGCGGUCCUGGCGGUCUGCGAAUAACUUCCACCCCGCAAAGUCCCUUGAGCAGUGCUCAACAGGGACCAAUGAGUGGUAGCAAUUCUGGAGGUUUAAAUAGUACAAAUUCGCUUAGCAUGCAACAACAUCAAUCGGGGUCAAUAGGAACUGGUGUUAGCCAAAAUGCACUGCUUAAUACACCAGAUCCUUCCAUGAACUUUAGCUUCGAUGCACAAGAUUUCUUUGGCAACAAUUCUACAAGGUGACCAUAAAAAGUCUGGAAUUCAAUGUACACUACUAAUAACGGCCGUCAACAACUCAACAAUAAAAAUAACUGCAUAUUGACAUGAACGAAAAAAUAUAUGAAGUAAUAUUAUAUUUAAUAAUAUGUAUAUAGCAACCAUGAAAUUUUCAUUAUUUUCUUGUGUUAACAAACAUUUUUUUUCAAUUAUAAACAUUGGAGGCAAAAAGAGAAACAUGUACCUAGGUGCAAUAGAAUCUUAGCAUUUAUUUACAUAAUACUGUUACAAAUAUAUCAAAAUAGCUAAAAAAAUUGAAGAUGUGUUAAAUAUAUGUAUAUGCAUACAAUUACGUAAAUAUAAAAUAGAAUUUUGCAUGAAUAUAGGAUUUUUCAUAUUUCGUUUCAUGAAAGAUACCAAUACAAAACCUUAUUAGGACCUCGAGACCAAUAAAAAAACUUGUUAAGAACCACAAAUAUGCAUAAUCGAAUUACAAGCUGAUACGUCUUAUUGGAUAUAACGUAUCUACAUACAUAUAUGAAAAUUACCGAAAAGAAAUUAAAUCCUGUUGUCAUCAGUUCAAUAAUAACAAAAAUUAACUGUAGAUACUAAAAACAUAGCGCGUAUUGCAAACAAAUUUACGGUGGAAAAGGAAAAAUUGCUAUUAGUGGAAGCCUGAUUGAGGUGGAAUGGCCAGAUUAAAUAUAAUAUAAUAAAAGGUGUAAUUAGAAAGAAGAACAUAAAACAAAAAUAAAAUGUAAAAGAAUUAUAUUGGGUGAAACGACAUUAAUUACUUAGUAAAGAAGUGUUAAAAUUUAAGGACGCAUCUGUGUAUAUACUAUAUUAUACAAAUCUUUCAAAAAUAAUUACAUUUUUUCAAGUGAAAGUUGAGGAAAUUAAUUAAUUAUUAAGCGUUAUGUUUAAGUACAUAAUUCUUAUAAAACACUAUGGAAAGUAAUGUUUAAAGUUUUAAAUAUUUCGAACUGUAAAACAGUCAAGUUUAAUCCAAUAAGCAUAUUAAAUUAAGGGGAAACGGUAAACGAUUUUGUUAUAAAAAUAUUUACACUGACUAUUUUGCACCGCACCAACUAAAAAUAUUAAUUUUUCGAAAAAAAUUUAAAUUUAAAUUUCAAUUGAAUUUAUAAAAUUAUACUACAAAUCUGCUACAAACUUAUAAACAAGCAUAAAGUUUCAAACAAAGAAUGCAGUGAUAUAUCAAAAUAAUUCUAUUAUAUCGCAAAAGUAUACAAAUUGUAGAUGAAGUAAUUGAAAAUUGUACUUUGUACAAUGCAAAUAAUAGGCAAUAGUUACGUUGGCAUAGGAGACGGUAGAAGAAAAA